AUGCCUCCCAGAACGCCUCCCAAAAGGCAACGCACCGUCGCAGGGAGCUGCUGGCAAUGCAAAACUAGACGUGUCAAGUGCGAUUUAACAUCACCUGAAUGUCGAAGAUGUCUCGUUUCCGGAACCUCUUGCAGCUACGGGAAAUUACGCGUUCGAUGGAGCUCGAAGCCGGCCAAAGGGCUUCCACCGGGAUACCAGCUGGACGUUGCUGGUAGCCCCUUACUCCGAUCUCCGACGAGCCAGAACAGCUUGACAGAGAGCGAGCGAAAAGCACUCGAGUACUUCCAGUUCGCGGUGUGGCCUCUCUUCUCGACCUCGUUCGAUCCGUGCCCCCCUCCGAUCCGCCUCGCCCUCGAUUGCCAACCGGUGCUGCUGACCAUGUGCGAGCUCGCCGAAGCCCAUCGCGCCCAUAGGGAACAGUGGUCGAGACAAGGGACUGAGGUGAUUCCAUCGAAGAGGCUGAACUGCCUGACGGCUGUCCGCAAGCAGCUCGAAGGCAGCGCGAGCGAUACACAGGGGCUCUCGUGCGUGCUGCUGGCAGUAUUGCUUCUCUACUUUCUGGAUGGAUACAUCGAGUGCACCGCGCAGUCUGCCUCGACUGGCAGCCAUCGGGUGGGAGUGCGCGCUAUCGUCGAAAAUCUCGGCGGCUUUAGCGCAUUCUACGACCAAGGCCACCAAGAUGAUGUGCAUAUGUUGCUCUCUCAGUUUGCGUCUACAGAUCUGACUCGUGCCCUCCUCGACGACCGAGCUCCGUGCCUCCCCGCGGAUAUCUGGCUGCAUAUCGAGCAAGGCACUGUAUGGUGGGAGAAACAGCGAUAUGGGGAGACGACCCUGGCCUCGAUCUUCCACACCAUGGCCGAGAUGGGUUUCUAUCGGCAGUCGCUACGGGUUAAUUCCCUUGAAAUUUCGACAGAGCAGGUACGGCGGUUCGAGAGCGUACUACAACCCAGAUUUGUCACAUUCAGCACCUAUCAUCUUACGAAUGAGACUGCGCACUUGGUCAAGCAAGGUGGAGCCCUAGAAGCCAUGCAGCCUCUUGCCUUUGCUCGAGCUUUUCAACACAGCGCCCUCAUCUUUCUCUAUCGGGCCAUCUGUGGACUUCCUGCCCGGCACUUUCUCGUACAGCAACACGUCCAGUCAUGUCUUGAGUGUAUGGGGGGAAUCAAACGCACCUCUAAAACCCAUAACUGCAUCGUGUUUCCGCUAUAUGUCGCGGGAGCGCAUGUCUUUCACCCUGAGCAACAGGGAUUCAUCUUGCAGAAGAUGGACGAUAUCUACGAGACUUUACGCUUCGAUUCUCUACUUUCUAUACGUGCUGCUCUUGAGGAACUCUGGCUCUCACCGCAGCACGAGGGCUCCUGGGCACAGAUGUUUUCUCGCCUCGGGCAGGAUGUGCUCGUGUUAUAG